GCUUUCCAAUCUGCUGAUUUGGGUCCUACUUUAUUGACAAGACCUGGACAACCAGCACUUACCAGAGUACCUCCACCUAUUCUUCCAAGGCCAUCACACCAGACAGGAAGUAGCAGUGUGAACACUUUCAGACCUGCUUACAGCUCAUUUUCUUCAGGAUAUGGUGCCUAUGGAAAUUCGUUUUAUGGAAGCUAUAGCCCUUAUAGUUAUGGAUAUAAUGGGUUAAACUAUAACCGCCUCCGUGUAGAUGAUCUUCCGCCUAGUAGAUUUGUUCAGCAAGCUGAAGAAAGCAGCAGAGGUGCAUUUCAGUCCAUCGAAAGUAUUGUACAUGCAUUUGCCUCUGUCAGUAUGAUGAUGGAUGCUACCUUUUCAGCUGUGUAUAACAGUUUUAGGGCUGUAUUGGAUGUAGCGAAUCAUUUUUCCCGAUUAAAAAUACACUUCACAAAGGUUUUUUCAGCUUUUGCAUUAGUUAGGACUAUAAGGUAUCUUUAUAGACGGUUACAACAGAUGAUAGGUUUAAGAAGAGGCUCCGAGAAUGAGGACCUAUGGGCAGAAAGUGAAAGAACUGUGGCUUGCCUUGGUGCUGAUGACAGAGCGGCUAACUCAGCAAAAUCUUGGCCGAUAUUCUUGUUCUUUGCUGUUAUCCUUGGUGGUCCUUACCUCAUCUGGAAACUGCUAUCUACCCACAGUGAUGAAAUAACAGACAACACCAACUGGGCAAGUGGUGAGGAUGACCAUGUAGUUGCUAGAGCAGAAUAUGAUUUUGCUGCCCUAUCUGAAGAAGAAAUUUCUUUCCGUGCUGGUGAUAUGCUCAACUUAGCUCUCAAAGAACAGCAACCCAGAGUGCGUGGUUGGCUGCUGGCUAGUCUUGAUGGUCAAACAACAGGACUUAUACCUGCUAAUUAUGUCAAAAUCCUUGGUAAAAGAAGAGGUAGAAAAACACUGGAAUCCAGUAAAAUUUCCAAGCAACAACAGCCUUUGACCAACACAACACUAAUUAAAGGAGCCACAGCUGCUGAUUCUUUGGAUGAACAGGAAGCUGCCUUUGAAUCUGUUUUUGUUGAAACUAGUAAGGUUCCAGUUGUACCUGGUUCCCCUGGAAUAAGUGGAGAUAAACAAGAUCUUUGAUAUCUUUCAUGUUUGCCUGCAGUUGAACUAUAGAAUACUUUUUUAAAAUUACUUCUUAUGUAGGAAUUAUUCUAUAGUCCAAUGAACACACUUAUUGCUAUUCCAGGUGUUUUGCUGCUAGAAAUUGUUAAAGUGGUACACUAGUAUCUUGGUCUAGUGACCUGGUUACAUUUUACAAGUUAUUGGGCCACAAGGAUGUUUGUUUCACCUAGAUUUUAAGAUUAUGAAAAAUGUUUUAUUUUCAUCUUAUUUAAAAACCUAUGUUUAUUGCCUGGCCCAGUUGGAAAGUUGUCCUGUACACCAAAAAGGUUGCAGGUUCAAUCCUGGUCAGGGUACAUACCUAAGUUUUGGGUUCUGUCCCCAUUUGGGGCACAUAACAGAGACAACUGAUCUCUCCCUCUUUCUCUUUUAUUCUCUCUCUCUCUCUUUCUUUCUCUUUCUCUUUGUCUCUAAAAUCAAUAAACAUAUUCUCAGGUGAGGAUUUUUUUAAAAAGUAAAACCCUAUGUUUACUGAAGGAGUAAGAGUAAUGAACUACAGAAUAUACUAUUUGCUUCAGUAGAGAUUAUUACUGUUUUUAAAAUUCUACAUUAAUUGUCUUGAAAUCCUCAGAAAUUGAGUGCUAAUAUAUGAAAACAGGAAAAAAGGCUAAUUUUUUUUUUUUACAACUUUAAUUAUAUUGAAUAAUAAAAAUUUUCUGAUCUGUAUUACAUUCAGUCUUGGGUUUGUUUUAGGCAAUAAAAUAUUUUUGCCCACUAACAAUUGAUACCAUUAUCAUUUAUUGUGUUUUUAAAAAUUUAUCGUGGAAAGGUCACUAGAAGCAUUGUGAAGGAGAUGGUUCUAGAAUAUAUUUAGCCCUAAUAGUUUUCCCUGCUACUAAAAAGGCUGACAUUUAUCUCUCUUACAGAUUAUUUCCAUGUCUUCUGAGGAGCAAAUAACUUUUUUCCCUUUACAAUAUGACUAGUUUCAUCCUGGAUGGAUCAGGAUAUAAGAAAGAUUUCCUUUCUCUUUCUCCAACCAGGACUCAAGUCCUUGGAGUUUGUGCAUAAUGAUAUAGUCAAUCCUAGCAUUUAAAAUCUUUUCAUAGAUUCUCUUCUCACUAAUAUAAUUACUUUUCAAGAGUACAUAUUCAUUCAGGCUGUUCAUUGAAAAUACACUUUAUUUUAGGUUUAAUUUUUACUACUUGAGACUAUAAAUAAAAUUCUGAAUUGCCAUUUAACAUAUGAUAAGGCUAUUUGAUUUUUUUGUUUAAUAAUGACUUUAUAUGCAGUUAAAUUUCACUGAAUAUUUACACACAAAAUUGGAAAAUUUGUAUACUUGCUGUGAUUAUACUAUGAAAUAAUACUAUCAGGAAUACAGGUGUACAAGAAUAUACUCACAGGUAUAUUAUUUCCCAUUUUGUUCUAGUAGAGGUUCUGCUUUGUUAUAGAGUAAUUAAUAGAAAUUUUAUUCUUGAAACAAUUUUUUGAUAAAUUAUUAAAUUUGAUGUUGAGAUAUCUGAACUGAAUGCUGUAAGUGAAGUGUAGAGGUGAAAUGUUGAUUCAGUCUAUUUAGAUUAGAAAAGGUGAGUCUUUACAAUAGAAUUUGUGACUGGUAUUAAAGAUGUAGAGGGGAAAUAGUAUAGAACCGAAUGAAUAACGAAUAAUUUCACUUUUCUUAGAGUGUUUAUUAUAAUCUUUUUAUUAUGACAGUUUUAAUAUACUUUUUUUAGAUGAUAUUAAAUGUAAUGUUCAAGGCUUCAAUAUUGUUAUUUUUAGGAACUUAUUUAAGGAGUACCACUUUACAGAAAUUACUAAAACCAAACAUCAGUUAAAUAAAUUAAUAAAUCAGAAAUUACAAUAAGAAAACAGGUUUUAUUUACAGUUUUUUUUUCUGAUUUUAUUAGUUUAGAAAGGAAAAGGUAAAAAGACAAUUUUCAUGUUCUAACAUGUUAUUUAUGUACUUGAUUUAGUCUUUCAGUUUGUCAUAAUUACACAUUUACUUGAAUCUAGCAGUCCUUUAUCUUUAAUGGAAAAAACAAAUUGAAUGCAGUUAAAAUUUUAUUUUUAAUUGUGAAAUUACUUUUAUUGGACAAAUAAAAAUACAUUAAACUUGA